AAGUGUAGAAGCUUCAUUAGUCUGACUUCAGCUGGUGAUCGAGGCGUUUUAUGGCUGUCUAUUGUAGCAGAGCUUCUGUACAUCAUUUUACUUCUGAUUGGAGCCAUUCUUAUGUCAGUAGAAAUGUGCUACUACAGUACCGUCAUUGAUGGGCUAAAGAUCAACGCCUUUUCUGCAGUAGUCACCGUAUUAGCAGGUCUUCUUGGCAUGGUUGCUCACAUGAUGUACACAACUGUAUUUCAAAUGACUGUAAAUCUUGGUCCUGAAGACUGGAGACCCCACACAUGGGAUUAUGGCUGGUCCUAUUGCCUCGCAUGGGCUUCCUUCGCUUGCUGUAUGGCUGCAGCUGUCACCACUAUUAACAAAUAUACAAAAACUAUUUUGGAAUUCAAGCACAAAAGAAAAACGCUGGAAAGGAGUUUAAAGAUUAAAUACAUGUUUCCUGACCAUACAGCUCCAGAGAAAGCUUGCAAUGUGUAUGUGAACUCUUUUCUCAACAGUGCAGAGGACCCUGCACACCCAAUAAAAGGCUUGUGUCACCUGGCCACUAUUUCAGUUCUGUAA